AAGUUCAGAAUGCAGAUCUAUAAUUUUAAAUGCAGACAAGCAGCCUGAGCUAGCCCCCAGCUAGCGCUUGCCAAGCACAACAAUGGAGCUGUUCCCCGGGUGCUGGAGCAGGGUGCAACGCUACCUGCUCUCCCAGACUUUUCUGGAGCGCCACUGUGUGGUGGCGCAGUACUUCCUUUCUGAUCGCGUGGGGGGGCCUCAAAAUGGACACAACCUGGUGAAUGGUUCAUCAAUUCGAUUGCAAGCGGCUGCCAUGCAUUGGUUGUCUUCCAGCAGUAUCAAUGACAGCGGUAGGAUCGCAGAUGCACCAGCAGUGUCGAAGGUGGGACCACCGAUCGGUUCACUUAGCCAGAAUAAUUUCAUUGGCACUUUCAGCAGCAGCAAACACUCAUUGAAAGUUCCCACAGCCAGCCUGGUAGGCAAUGCUGUGACAGGGGUCCAACCUUUGGGACCGCAGUUUGGUGGUGGACUUUGCAGGGAGGAGCUGACACCUUUUUCUCAAAGCCAUGCAUGCAACGGGCAGCGGAGCAUCCACGCUUCUCCAGCUGCAGCUGGCGCUGAAGUGGACGGCCAGUCUGGCAUCUCAAACAUUGUGAACGAGAUGAUUGAGUACUGCAACACUUGCAGAUCAAGAGGCUCAUAUGUAGAGGCACUUCGAAUCCUGGAGACUGCAGAGCAGGCCGCGUCUCAAGCAUCUGGCUUUCCUCAAAAAGAAGCCCUCGGCCGAAUCCAACUCGCAAAAGCAGCCGUUCAGUGCGACAGGUGUGAAUACGGGGCAGCUGUGGACACCCUUUGGCCAAACUUCCCAGAUCUUGCAACGAAUCACUCUGACGACAGACUCCGGCACAUAACAGAUGCUUCUCUACACGCAGCAGUUUACAUCAUGCUGACGCUAAAUAAGGAUGAAGAGGCGAAGGAAAUGGUGAACAGCGCAGUCAAAGCAUGUCCAUCUCGAAAGGAACUCUUUGAGCGUACGGGACUGGAUGCGGCACUGGCAGCAGCGGCCGGGGAAGAAACGCCGGCCGACACAAUCGUCAAAUCGGGCCAGAGUCAAGUCCUGGCAGAGGCGUUCGGUCAUUGCGCCGCGGGCCCCUUCGUCGAGGUGCGCGAAGCGGAGCUCUCAGAGGCGCUCCGGACAAUCACGUACGAGACGUUCUGGACUGAACGAGGAGGAUCAGACACGGACGAAAAGAACUUCCUGGAGGACGUCGCCAUGAGACGGUUGGGAUCGCAGAUCAAGAAAGCGAGUGCUAUCACCGGCGACAAACACCCGCGCAUGGCCCUCGUUCUUAUCCUGUUGGGCCGCGUCUUUGCGAAGCUCGCGGACCACGCUGAAAGUGCGGCGCUACUGGCUGAGUCCUCGUUUAACGCGGCGCUCAAGAUCCUGGAGGGGCCUUCAGUUGCAUCUUCCGGCGCGUACUCCGAAGCUACGGACUUGACAAAAGCAUGCCUGGCCGCCGUGCUCAAAGUCUUUCCAUGGCGGGAGAGCGAAGCGGACCGAGUGGCGAGCGCCGUGAAGGACCGUCGCCUGCUCGACGAUGGUGUCCUACGAAGGGCCUUCAUACUUGGUUUGGAAGGAAGGGUACAUAUGAUUGUUGACAAGAGGUAGUUGGUGAAGCGUCGAGCUCGAUUUGCUCCCAGCUGCCCAAAGAGAGAGCAUGUGUACAUGAUCACGUGCGGAUGUAGAUGUUGGAGGCCAAGAACGCUCAUCAAGCAUGGUGUCGAGGCGUCGAGAUCGGUAGUCUGCCAGCCGCCCAACGAAAAGAGCAUGUACAUAUGAGCACGUUCGGAUUUAGAACUUAGCAGCCAAGAAUGCUGAUCAAGCACCUAGUAGGUCAUGACAUCUCGAGAGGCGGCCACUCAGCGACCAGAAUUCUAAUAGCCAACAUAUGCAGUUUCGCUGAGUUCGACGGAGCAAUGUCAGCAUCCCUGCGUAAAGAUCAAACUGGCAUGCCGCGAGCAGGCCCGUAACAUGGAUCGAUCAACGAGACGAGAAAAGGAUCCUAUUCAUAUGUGC